CAAUCCAUUUCAUCCUAGUACCCAAAACCAUUACCCCAAGAUUGUUGGUUCUAAUUGCCAAUCCAAGUCAUAAUGCAUUGCUCAAACGCCUUUCUCGGCCUCCUUGCGAUUUCCGCUGCUACUGUCAACGCUCAGACCGGACAGACUAUUCAAGUCACCGUCGGUGCCGAUGGAAAGCUUGCAUACAGCCCAAAUAACAUUGUCGCUCCUGUCGGUACUCAGAUAGAGUUUAGCUUCUUCCCAAAGAAUCAUACCGUCACUCAGUCAAGUUUUGGCAACCCGUGCCAUCCUCUCUCUUCUGGCGGGUUCUUCUCCAGCUUCGUUCCAACUAAAGACUCUCCUUCCGAUACUACCUUCACUAUCACUGUCAACGACACAAAGCCCAUCUGGUUCUACUGCGGGCAAACGGUCGGGAACCAUUGCCAAGCAGGUAUGGUCGGUGCCAUCAAUGCUCCCACCACGGGUAAUACCUUCGAUGCCUUCGUUCUUCUUGCCAAGAACGCGAGCACUAGUACCUCCCCACCCACUGGCCCGGUAGGCGGCAUUCUCAAGACAAACAGCAACUCGACUAUAACUUCUAUAUCUACAUUUGUCACUACCUCUGCAGAGUCCACCUCCUAUUCUGUUUCUACAUACACUAGCGCCAGCUCCACCUUUACUACGACUGUCGCAUCCACCACCAUAUUCACCACUGAGAGCUCUGUUGUAGCUGCCCCUACUGGUGGAUCUAGCAGCGGUUCGAGUACCGCCUCCAGCAGCUCUGCAACACAAUCUAGUGCUGGUGUUGCAACUGACCUGUCUGGGAACUUGUUCAGUGCCGGAGCGGUGAUCCUCGGGUUAUUGGCCAUGUUUUAAUUGUGGGAUUUAGCAUGAUUGGGGUAAAUUUGGAGAAUUUGGAGUUCGACGGUUUUGAUCACGCUUUUGUUUAAUUAGCAUGGGAUGGCUAACCUUGAUGUAUUACCCACAAAAUCAGAAUUACUGUAGACAAUCCAAUUACGGUCCUCCGGC